AUGGUGGCGGGUGACGGUGGUGGCGGUUGGCGGAUGGCUGCGGUGGCGGGUGGCGGCGAAGGAGGAGCCGAAUACUACAGAAAUGUGAUCAAUGAUGACACGUAUGCAAAAAGGCAUGAAAAGGAGAUUAGAUAUGCUAUGACAUCGUGUCUGAGAAAAAGGGAUGAAGAGAGAAUGAAGAAGAGUGUUGAAGAAAUGGUGAACAAUCUGAGGAAAGUUGCUGAAGAAGUUAACACAGAAGCUGUUGAAGUUGAGGUUGCGAAGGAAAUCAAAAGUGAAGAGGUUGUUGAGAAUGAAAAGGUUGAGAAAGCUGUUAUUGAAGAACAACAGAUUGGAGAAGAUGAGAAGAAAGAAGAAGAAGAAGUAAAGAAUGAGAAUGUGGAAGCUGGUGAUGCUGGUGAUGAAGUCAGUGCUGAAGAAAAGUUGAAUGAUGCUGAUCAGAAGCAGACAGAGACUGCAACAAACACCGAGGUGCCAAUCACUGAGGUGCUCAACAAAAACAAAGAUUGUGAGAUUGGAGGUUGGAGCAGCCUGGCACAGCAAGAGGAGGAGAUUGGUGCUGGACCCUGGUUUGGUUGA